CUCGCUGGUGUUUAUUAUAACGUCAGAGAGAUGACGUCUCCGAGUGCCAGCGGGGAGUCAAGGAUAAUGGGCGUGUUUUACAGGGACCCUCGUGGCUAUUGGUUUACAGCUCCCAGCUUGGGAAAUACGAUUGGUUCCCCUUCAAUGUCUGGAUCCUGAUUUGUUAACAUUCCGCGAGGAGGCGGGUCCAGGUGGACUCAGUUCAGUGUUUAGGGAAGCGAGAAAGACAUUUUCAACGGGAGAGUUUAUUGCUUUUUUUAUUUUCCAACUCGUAAUGUUUUUAGGCAUACCAGUGCGUUUCUAUUAAAGGGGCUCGGUUUUGGAAUUGAAAUAACCUUCAGCUAGAGACGACAGAGCUGCAGGUGAACGUGGAAGGAUUUCAUAUGGAAUGUGCCCACGUUAAACACGAGGCUCCUGAGCUGCAGUGUUGUGUCAUUGAGAAGGAGGUUUCAGAGCCCUGGUCUCAGGACUGUAAAGAGGAGCGGGCUGAGCCUCACCGGGGACCCCACAUUAAGCACGAGGCUCCUGAGCUGCAGUGUUGUGUCAUUGAGAAGGAGGUUUCAGAGCCCUGGUCUCAGGACUGUAAAGAGGAGCGGGCUGAGCCUCAUCGGGGACCCCACGUUAAGCACGAGGCUCCUGAGCUGCAGUGUUGUGUCAUUGAGAAGGAGGUUUCAGAGCCCUGGUCUCAGGACUGUAAAGAGGAGCGGGCUGAGCCUCACCGGGGACCCCACGUUAAGCACGAGGCUCCUGAGCUGCAGUGUUGUGUCAUUGAGAAGGAGGUUUCAGAGCCCUGGUCUCAGGACUGUAAAGAGGAGCGGGCUGAGCCUCAUCGGGGACCCCACGUUAAACACGAGGCUCCUGAGCUGCAGUGUUGUGUCAUUGAGAAGGAGGUUUCAGAGCCCUGGUCUCAGGACUGUAAAGAGGAGCGGGCUGAGCCUCAUCGGGGACCCCACGUUAAGCACGAGGCUCCUGAGCUGCAGUGUUGUGUCAUUGAGAAGGAGGUUUCAGAGCCCUGGUCUCAGGACUGUAAAGAGGAGCGGGCUGAGCCUCAUCGGGGACCCCACGUUAAACACGAGGCUCCUGAGCUGCAGUGUUGUGUCAUUGAGAAGGAGGUUUCAGAGCCCUGGUCUCAGGACUGUAAAGAGGAGCGGGCUGCGCCUCACCGGGGACCCCACGUUAAACACGAGGCUCCUGAGCUGCAGUGUUGUGUCAUUGAGAAGGAGGUUUCAGAGCCCUGGUCUCAGGACUGUAAAGAGGAGCGGGCUGAGCCUCACCGGGGACCCCACGUUAAGCACGAGGCUCCUGAGCUGCAGUGUUGUGUCAUUGAGAAGGAGGUUUCAGAGCCCUGGUCUCAGGACUGUAAAGAGGAGCGGGCUGAGCCUCACCGGGGACCCCACGUUAAACACGAGGCUCCUGAGCUGGACUCUGACAGCAUUGCACAGCAUGUCUCUGAACUGGGGGCAGUGCACAUCAUAGAGGAGAGUCCUGAAUGGGAAUCUGUCCACAUUCAAGCAAAAAGGGCAUCUGCUAUCAGCGUUACAUCAUCCUAUCCCUGUCCCCACUGUGAAGUGUCUUUCACUGGACAGUCGUACCUUCAGGGACACAUAAAGAACAAACACAGGGAACAGUACCUGGAGACACUGAGAGCCGGAUCACUGAAAAGCAAACCAUUCGAGUCCAGACGCCUGACUGCAUUAAACUUACUGAGCACAGCAACCGAGGAGCCCGCGUGUGCCAGCAACUGUGAAACUGUGGACGACCGACAGGCAAACCGCCAUCACUGCACUGACUGUGGGAAGAGCUUUAGUGGGCUUGCCCGCCUGAAAAGACACCGUGGAAUUCACGCGGGACAGCCCCCGUAUCAUUGCUCUGAAUGUCCGAAGAGUUUCAGGGAUUCUGAAAAACUGGAAACUCACCAGAGGACUCACACAGGAGAGACUCCGCAUCACUGCACUGACUGUGGGAAGAGUUUCACUCAGUUAGGAAAUCUUAAAAUCCACCAGCGGAUCCACACAGGGGAAAGCCCCUACAGCUGUGCUGAGUGCAAGAAAAGCUUCAAGUACUUAGAGUCCCUGAAACAGCAUGAGAGAAUCCACACAGGAGAGACUCCGUAUCACUGCAGUGAAUGUGAGAGGAGCUUCAGUGUGCUGGGAAACCUGAAGAAACACCAGCGAAUCCACACAGGAGAGACUCCGUAUCACUGCAGCGUCUGUGGAAAGAGUUUCAAUCAGGUACAGAACCUGAAGAAACACCAGCAGAUGCACAGCGGAGAAACACCGUUCGUCUGUACUGACUGUGGAAAGAGCUUCAAUCAGUCAGGGAACCUGAGAGCUCACCAGCGCAUUCACACAGGGGAGACCCCCUAUAUAUGCGGGGAGUGUGGGAAGAGUUUCAGACAGUCAGGUAACCUCAAAACACACCAGAGAACUCACACAGGAGAAUCUCCUUACGUGUGUGGAGAAUGUGGGAAAAGUUUCAAAGACUCUGGGAAACUGAGAAGACACCAGCUGGUUCACUCAGGAGAGACUCCCUAUCACUGUGUGGAGUGUGGGAAGAGCUUCAACCAGCUCGGAAAUCUAAAAGCACACCAGCGAGUUCACAAGGGACACACUGCCCUGUAUCCAUGCUGAAUGCAGCUCUGAAAUCUGAAAACACAGAGCGAGUUCACAAGGGACACACUGCCCUGUAUCCAUGCUGAAUGCAGCUCUGAAAUCUUAAAACACAGAGCGAGUUCACAAGGGACACACUGCCCUGUAUCCAUGCUGAAUGCAGCUCUGAAAUCUGAACACACAGAGCGAGUUCACAAGGGACACACUGCCCUGUAUCCAUGCUGAAUGCAGCUCUGAAAUCUGAACACACAGAGCGAGUUCACAAGGGACACACUGCCCUGUAUCCAUGCUGAAUGCAGCUCUGAAAUCUGAAAACACAGAGUGAGUUCACAAGGGGACACACUGCCCUGUAUCCAUGCUGAAUGCAGCUCUGAAAUCUGAAAACACAGAGCGAGUUCACAAGGGACACACUGCCCUGUAUCCAUGCUGAAUGCAGCUCUGAAAUCUGAAAACACAGAGCGAGUUCACAAGGGACACACUGCCCUGUAUCCAUGCUGAAUGCAGCUCUGAAAUCUGAAAACACAGAGCGAGUUCACAAGGGACACACUGCCCUGUAUCCAUGCUGAAUGCAGCUCUGAAAUCUGAAAACACAGAGCGAGUUCACAGGGGACACACUGCCCUGUAUCCAUGCUGAAGGCAGCCCUUGUCAAUGGACAGACUGAAAGAUGUUGCACCUUGAUUAAAAACUCAUUUCUAUGUGUGGUUUGAAAUUGAUACACAGGUUCACAUGUACAGGAGUGUGCUUGUGUAUAGCAAAGUACAAAGUGACCCAGGAUGCAGUUGUUUUAAACAGCUGCUGUUGUUGCAGGAUUGCACAGCUGCAGACACGCCAGCUCACUGAAACAAGUUUAAAAGCAGAAGAUUGAAGAAAGAAUUCACAGAGUCGACUCAUAAGCAUUCCCAUGAAUAUCAUCCCAGCGGAUACUGGACUGGUCCUGAGAAGGAAACGCUGUGCUUCCAUCUAAUGUACAGAAGACUGCAGUGUGUUUAUUUAAAGCUUUUCAAUGGGCCAGUAUUCUAUCUGUUGCAAGCACAGUAUAGUAGAGUUCAGUGAGUGGUGUUACUGGACAGUGUUGUGAUGUAUGCGGUGAUGUGCGCGUUGCGAUGUCUGUAGAGGUUCACGCACAUUCAUGAAACGUGCGGCCGCUGUUCUGUGUCAUGCUAUUAUAACCUGACGUGCGGGUCAUGUAUUGCUUUGUUACCGGCGGUCUGAUAAAGUCAGCUCUGUCAUCAUUUGAAUUGUCUAUCGCUUUCAUUCCGCUGCUGUAUU